AUGUUUUUCCUGCUGUUCCUGUUGUCUCCUCGAGCCCCUGAAGAAGAGACAACCCUCUCUUCUGCACAGUACCUGGCACAACGAUGCCAUAUCCUCUUUUCAGACAACGCGCCGGAUAUACACAAUGAGUCCAAACGACUCAUUCCCCUGGAGACGCAUGAAUACUUUCUAAGUCUAAACAACCAUCACGGCAAAAACUGCAAGAACUUCAAGCAAAAAUUGUUCCCUGCAGAAGUACCGAUUAGCGAGGCAGAGAGAGCAUUUCCUCUGGCAUUUCUCCUUACGGACAUUAAUCAAGUGGCGCGACUACUGCGCAUCAUAUAUCGGCCACAAAACUUCUACGCCAUUCACGUGGACAAAAAGUCCCCACCCAUGUUCUACAAGGCAGUCCAAGAAGUUGCAAAAUGCUUUGGGGACAAUGUUGGCGUAGUUCCUCGGAGCGAAUGUGUUAACGUCACCUGGGGAGAAUACACGGUCCUUGAACAGGAGCUUGUUACUGCGCGUCUGCUGCUCAAAAUGGGGAAAUGGAAGUAUUUGAUAAAUUUGACUGGCCAGGAACUACCUCUGAAGACAAAUCUGGAAUUAGUGCUAGGUCUCAAGGCGCUCAACGGCUCAAACAUUGUCGAUGCUAUCCUCAAACGUCGGGACGAGUGGCGAAUCCCUAAAGUCAACUUAUCAUUUCCGGUAAGUAGACAAUAUUCCAUCUUAAAUCUGAAGUAUCAUUUAUUAUACCCUAACUCGACUUUAGAGGAUUUCUCAUGAUAGUUUGUCAGGAAAAUCUUCUCCCCAGUGUCUCUUACUUGCACUUACUUCUCUUAGUAGUUCACGCACAUUUCAGAAUGCAUGUUGCUUUGCGUACGUAAGGUAGCAAAUACUUCCAAUAAAAAACAGGAUGCCCAGCAUUCUGCUAUCGAUGGGACUCAUUCUAACCAAACCCAACCCAGAUAGUUGCUGAUUUCAGCAUCUCAAGUUUGGCUCCGGUCGAAAUGCAGUUUGGAUUUGAAAAGGGAUUUGUCAUCUUUGGGACGCCGAAGCACGUUAUGCAGCUGUUCUACGGAUAUCUUUUUUGCACGUUAUCAGAUGAUCUGUGUGGGGCAUACGAAACGCCUGUUGAAAAGGCAAACGCCAAUACGCCUUACCCGCGAUAGCCAGGUUAACACGGUCUUCUGAGAAAUUAAAUAAAAAAUUACAAAACUCUGCUCUUUAAACAUGAAAGUAACAGGGAACCCUAUGCUUUUGCAGUAACUGUUUAAAUGAAAAAAUACUUGUUAAAUAUUUCUCACUCAAUCUCAGUCGAGAAAUGUGUAACAAAUAUGCAAUAUUAAUAAACGUAACAAUUUACGCAACAGAUUACCUAUAAAUGUUAAAGGCAGUAAAAAUGAAAAAAAAAACAAUCCACAGUGCAAUGAGGCUAAAUUAAUCCAAAUGGGCAUCUUAGUCGCCAGUCAACUUACCCAAUCAAACUGACAUAUGUCAAUUCAAUUAAUUUUAUAAGAUGACAAAUGUGGGUCUGCUCUAUCACAGUAUAAAAAUGCGGUCCUAUAGAACCAGUGACCAAAAGUUCAUGAUGCGGUUGCUCUCAUGGAUGUGGAAGAAAAUUGUAUAGGGUUUACGGGUGGGCAUUUUGGAGGCUACAGGUAGAAUUUUCGGGUUUCUCUUCAAUUGGAACAGGAGAUGCUCGACGAGGUCGGACUGCGCAGGUUAUGCCCAUAGGUAGCCGGGGGCAUGUUGGGAGGGGUCGGGCGUUGCCGAUGUGGAUCGGGGGCGCUCGGGGCAUGCAAGUGGCUUUUUUGGCUUUGGCAGUGGCGAUCCAGGUUAGUUCGUAGACUGUUGCCCCUGUUUUCAUUGUCCUUCUCCAAACCGGUCGAUCCAAUACGAGGCCGCUGUGUUGAUUUGCACGUCUUUAAGGAAACUCAAGGUGCUCCUGCAGCAUUGUUUUCGUCCUUCUUGUCAGCGACCACCUGCAGUUAUGUACAUCGCCGUAGAAUAGUCGCUUGGACAGGCGUUCAUCUUUCAUCCUCGCGAGACUGCCGUUCCAGUACAGUUGAAUUUGCCUCAACAGGGCCUGUAUGCGGAAACUUCCGAAUGAUUCACGGACUCCCGUAUCUGGGUGGCCUGUCUUGACAUCUCAGUUACAGUAUUUUUCUGAGACAGUUGUGGUGGAAGUUGCUACGUUUCCUGGCUUGAUUUGUAUUGACUGUCCAGGUCUCUGCGUCAUGCGACAGCGGUGCCAAUAAGGCAGCUUCGUGUUUCUUCGGUUUAGUGUUGAGAUGAAGGCUAUGCCGAUCACACACAGUGUCUUGCCGGCGGAAGAGGGCUUGGUUGGCUUUGGGGACCCCAUGGACUACUUCGCCGUAGUAUUUGGUCCUGUGUGAGUUCAGCUCGAUUGAGAGAUCUGGUGAUCAAGAAUUUCGAAUUCUCAUUCUACAUGUUGCAAACUCAAGACCGAUCCCGAUUUUCGAUGGAAAUCAAGGCUUUAGAAUCAGCAUCGCCAGCAACAAUAUAGUACGAAUACAAUGUCGAUAUAAGCAAGCAUAAAAAGCAAAUUCUAGGCGUAGCCAACUGACACUUGUUGCGUAGUCAUUUUGGGUGGUGACAUUUACUGAAAAUGAUUCCAUAAUAGUCAACCGCAUUAGUCAAUCCUACACCCUGCUGUCAUGUGUCGUUCCAUGAAGAUGUGAACAGCAUGGCGCUACACCCAGGAAAUCAUUUUGCUAAAUGAAAGCAGGUGAGGAUGCUCGCCGUGUGCGUGUCUGCGCCUUCACAGGUCGUCGUCGUCGUCAUCUCAGAAUUAAUCACCACACUCAGUCGCCUCUUCGAGCUAAAAGGUCAUGCGGAAAGCUUGACAUGCAAUUUGUAUGUGAACUACCCGAACUCGAGGCGCUAUCGCGUUACGCAAAAUUCGUGACUUAUGUAGUGCUAUUAUAUGUUUGUCUGAGAUGAAUGUGCAUUUCAAUGUAUUGGCAGCAUUUUUCGCUAAUUCGCGGGGUGGGUGGUCGAACAGGUGCCCUGAACAUUGUGGGAAACACGUACUAGCAGCCCGUCUAUGGCUUGUAUGCCUAAAAGCUGGUCAAGAUAAUAUGCAAGACGAUCAUCACCGUCCAUUGGCUCUCCUUUUCCACUGUUGGAAGUGGAACACUACUCAACCUGACAGUCAAGAAUGAAAACGGAUCUUGUUGCUCCCAUUGAUUCUCGUCUUUCCAAAUCUGACAGCUGGAGAAAAUGGGCCAGACGGGUGAGAACGCCAGAGUAUCUAAUACAGCUCCGCCACUAUGAUUUUACGCAAGUAGAUGUCAUCUGCGAUACAGUCAACCAUAGACAACUUCGUAAAUUGAAAUCCUUCCUCCAUCCUUAUCGCACUGAACGGAAGGAUAAUUCUCGUGUCUCUGGAUUUGAGCCUAGCAUAAUCCUUAUACUCUGGCUUUCUAACAGGUCUGGUCCACUGCCAAUAUAAGCGAAAAGACGAGUCCCAGGAAGUAGUCUUGAAGAAGGAUACACGAUCGCCGAGACAAGAGCUUUAUUAUCCUGACGUUUCGGAUUCCUACUCGAAUCCAUCAUCAGAGGCAAAAAAGCAGAAACGGGUGGUUGUUGCACAAGGGGCUGCGGUGUUUACAGGAUGCAAUAGUCGUGCUACCGCAUACCUCUGAACAUCCACGGUUCCCCCUGUGCGUGUCUGCGCCUUCACAUGUUGUUGUCUCUGAAUAAAUCACCACACUCGGUAGCAUCUUCGAGCAAAAAGGUCAUGCGGAGAGUGCGACGCGUAAUCUGUAGGAGAACCACGCAAACUCGGGCGUUAUCGCGCUGAGGAAAAUUGGUGUCCUAUGAAGUGCAACUCGAUGUUUGUCUCAGAUGAAUGUGCACCGCAAUGCAAGGAGAUAAUUGUGCGCUCAUUCUCAGGGACGAUGGUCAAGCAGGUGCCCCGAACACUGCGGCAAAAAACCGUGUCUGUAGCCUGUCUAUGGCUUGUAGACCAACAACUGGUCAAAAUAACAUGUAAAAGGAUCACCACCAUCCAUUAGCCCUCCUUUCCUGCAGUUGGAAGUGGAACACAACUCAAUCUGUCAGUUAAGAAUGUCACUCUAGAAAAUGGAUUCUAUCGUUCACAUUGUUGCCAGCCUCUCCAAAGCUGACAGCUGUAGUAGAAGAGCCAGACGUGUUAGAACGCCAGAGUAUCUAAUACAGCUCUAUCACUAUGAUUUUACGCCACUAGAUAUCGUCUGCAACACAGUCGGUCAUAGACACUUUCGUAAAUUUAAAUCCUUCCUCCACCCCCAUCGCUGUGAACUGUAGGAUUAUUCUCUUGUCUCCAGAGCUGUGCCAAUCAAAAUCCUCAUAACCUUGCGCAUGUGACUUAAUGGCGGUAUCGUUUGUCGACAUCGAGAAUCCCCCUGUUAGGAUAGGUACUAGCCAAAUCAGCAAGGCUAUCGCCACCGUCCAUUUUCCCUGCUGUUCCUCAGUUUAGUAAAUCGACACUGCUCAAUCUGACAGUUAGGAAUGUCACUCUAAAAGCGCAUCAUGCUGAUCCAAAUGGUACCGGCCUCUCCAAACUCUGACAAUUGGAGUAGCUGUCUCAUGAGUACACUGCUCACUGGAGGGCACCCCAUGGUCAUUGCUACCUGUGGUCACAGUCGAAUUUGUCAUUAGAAAUAACGCCGUUGGACGGUUGUUUUGGCUGCCAAUAGGCGUUGAAGAUUGCUCCAUGACCAUGAAGCCGCCACUCUGAGAGAGCGAAUAAGUCACCGUCGUCAGCUGCCCCGCCACUCUUCAGCCCACUUACCACGCUUCUAGUCGCUGUACCGGAUGCGAAAAAAAUUGUCAUUCUUGGUGCCGUCAAUGCUCGCUGCAUAGUAUGGGACUGCGAGGAGGAUGGCAGUCGGCCUCAGUGGCGCUUUUUCCUUAUUUCGAAAUUACUGAGAGUGAGGUUUGCUUCAUAUAUCUCCCAUGGCCACCUGUCUUCCCCAUAAGUGCAUACGCAUUUGUUAUCUGCUUAGUCACACGGUUGUACACAGACGACUCCCGCUAACCUUCCGUCUCUUAUGCUGUAUUUAAAACAAAGCCGAACACUAUUUUAUGAGUUAAGGUGUGUAAUGACAGUUAACUAGCACUGCCUUCAAAAGAAAUUAUAGGCUUAUACGUAGAAGACAUUUACUAGAUUAACCAAAAAUACGCUUUUGGUCGAUAUUGUCAAGUUCUCUGCGUCCUUAUAUAAGUAAUCACAUUUGAUGAAUAAAUCUAUUAUUCUACAUUUUAUAAGAUUUAAGUAUGACUGGCUGACAAUGGCCAAUAAGCCAGAAGUGGUCAUUCUGGUCUCCCUUAUCUUCGUCCACAGUGUUACUUCCCUACAUAUAUUUAUAGGAAAUUGUACCGACAAAGAUACGAGAGAACGGAAUGGCCAUUUCUGGCCUAUUGGUCGUCAUUAACCAGUCACACCAAACGCCAAGUAUGAAUCACUUGCGAUUCGAACCCGUGAUCUCUAGUCAUGGAGUUUGACACUCUAUCACUGAGCCAUGGACCCGUUGUCCUGUCGAUUGUGAUCGGGAAUAUCAAUUCUGACUGCUGGGCGCUCACCGUUCAGGUUAUAGAACCUGUUGGUUCCGUUGUGCCAAAUGAAAUCGGGAGGCUACUCGCACGCAAAUACGGAUUUCGCGUUUUAAGCGCCAUUAUAUCAGACGUCCACCAUCUUGUUUGUAGAUUCGAUACAACAAUAUUCACGCACUGAGCCCAGUGCGUUUCAGCAUUGCCUGAAAAUGUAUUGAAUGAUGUUCUACAACGAAUAAAUGGCUCUAAUUUAGACGCCAGAAUGAAAAAGCGAGCCGAUCUUCAACUAGAGUUGCAAUCUCUCCUUCGUCCUAUCAACGAAAACAGCAAAUCGCCCCUUUUUUUACUGACGGCACAUGUCCCUGAAGACAUGCAUGCAGACGCACGCAACUGUGUCAUUGGUUUCCUUCGACAAAAGCAGCACCAUCAAGACUUAUCCAUUGAUGAAGAUAAGAGGUUAAAGUCUCCAAAGACAGACGACAGUAUAGUGAGUGUGUUCGCUGACAAAGGUGGCGCGACCGUCAACACAGAAGACCGAUUACAUCAACAAGGCGAACCAAGUCUUAAAUGACAAGGAAGCCUACGCACCAUUCGCGGAGGAUUCGAUCAAAAAACAGGCCGCAGUUGUGUAAAGAAUGAGAAUGAGCUCACUCGACUGAAACUCUUAAACCUGAUGCGUUCAAAUAUAUGCCCAUGCAUAUGGCCUCCCAAAAGUUCACAAAGAGGAUGCGCCAUUGGGAAUUUCAGUGCCGCUUAUGGGAUACUUCAUCUUCAACCUCAUUAAAUGGUUGCGAGAAUGUGAGUGGAAACACCUCACUGAUCGAUCACAAUAUAGCGACAAAAAACUCCUAGGCAUUCCGCCAGAAGAACCGAGGCCAUCACGUAAGCCCUGAUGAGUGUAACAUACCGUUUGAUGUGGUCGCCCUGUUUUCUUCAAUAACACUUUGAGAGCGUAAGGCGACACCAGCAAGAUAAUCUGUAACAUUUCUAUGCGAUACGUUUCAGAAGUGCGUAGACUCUGUUUCAACUACUACUGUCAAUUCAAUGGAAAUUUAUAUCGACAGGUUAGGAAAACACCAACGGGCUUGCCAAUGUUAAUUCUACUCGCAGAACUGUUACUGCAUCAAAUAGAAGAGUAUGUUCUGUAAACUUACAGUCCAAAAUGUGGCUCCGAUACGUUAAUGAUACACUUGUUAUCAUGAAGACCUACGGAGUUGCAGAGUUGCAUCAGACCCCGUAUAGUAUUUUCCUAUCUAUCCUGUUUACUCGCAAAGAGGCAGGAGAAGGCAUCCUCCAGUUUCAAAACAUUAAUAUUUAAAAAAUCAGUGAUGGUGGCCUUGCAACGAGCGUCUGACACAAUGACUCCAAUGUAGACGUCAUUCUUUAUUAUGAAAGCAACCAUUACGUGGCUCAUAAAAUGAGCUGUGUACUAACCUUUUAUCACCGGGCCUUUCGUUACUGCAACAGCGAUGGUCAAACUAAGAAAGAACUCGAUUUCUUGUAUAAGUUAUUAUGGAUCAACGGAUACCGGUAAAGUUUAUGAAAAACUCUCUCAGACAUCAGAGACAGCCAUAAAGUUUUGGUUUUAAUGGAAGACCAGAACUACGGAAAUUCUACUCACUAUCUACGUACAGGACAUAUCUGAAGCGAUCGCCCGACAACUAAACCGGUUUGACAUCUCCAUUGCACACCAGCCGGCGUUCUUCCUGCGCACAACACUAUCACGAAUAGAAGACCACGAACCCAGAGUGCGGCAAACAAAUGCAUUCCGCAAACCGCAUUCCGUGUGCUUACUACUCGUGCAACUAUGUAGGUCCUUCGUGCAGACUAAUUUAUACGCGUAUAUACGAACAUAAACUAGCCAUCCGUCGACGUGACCCCUUGUCACUCGCUUUCGCACACGCCCUUGAAUGCAAACACCGAUUCAAUUGGGAAGGAACUGAAGUUUUUGCCAUUACUAAGACCGGACUGGAUCGAUAAUUCCUUGAAGUUUGACACUGUAACACGACUAGCAUCAAUCACCGUGUCGAUCUUGACGCUCAGUACGAAGAUCUGCGUGCCGACCACUGACUUGCGCCCAUGACGAAACAACAACCGUUAAUCCAUACUGGGCCAUGCAGAAUCUCACCAUUUCGCUACCCCCACCGCAGACACAGCAAACAGCAACUGCAAUCUCUAACACCUCUUAUGAUGGCGCACUGACCUCUGCCCCAUGCCGGAUCGACGACCACUAAGUCCCAUUGACUCGCCAUCCCACCUACCCUCUAAUACAGGAAGUCGCAACAGUUCCCCCUUCCACCCCCCGCUCCAAAUUCUAGCCAAAUUAUGGGCCCACUCCUUUCAUGCACUAGUUGCUUGCCUGUUAGUGGCUGUCCUGUCGAGCCAACCAAUUUACUCCGACAAUUUCGUCAGACGAGGGAUUGGUGGUCCUAUAUCGUAUACUCACACUUAAAAUUCGGAUUUUCCCGACGAGCCUUUUAUCUCCAUCACAUUAUCUCGGAAUGCACACUAUCUCUAUUAUUCAUCAUGUAUAUAUGCAGGAAAACGGGCAUCUCAAGCAAUGUAAUUGAAGAUAAGUAAGAUUAUCUGGAAGGGGAAUAACCUUUUAUGCGUAAAUUUCCGAGUCUAGUUACCAAGCUCGACUUUUGGGCUAUGUACAAAAACAAUUAACUAUUUAACCGUAUCUAACAAGAGAAUCUAUGGUUAGCCGAAGCCUGCGCCAAUGCGCGGCAAAGGUUAUUCUGUUCUCAAAGAAUCUUACUUAUUUUCAAUCAUGUAUAUACGGCAAAGGUAUUAUGCUGUACUCCCGAUAUAGGUAGCAACCAAAAGCCCAGACACCUCUUUCGCCGAUAUUUUACCGCUGCUUGACACAGCUGCGAGGGGUUCGGUUCAUCAGUGAGUACCCCAGCGUCUCCCAUGCGGUUUCGCGUAUAUGAACUUCAGAAAUGAAUCAAUCGAAUAUUUUCAAAAAACGAUUCAGUAUAAAACAUGGAGUUAAGUCUCCGGAACAUGACUUCUUAUCGUUAGACCCGAAAUUUCCCCGAAACCCAAGUUCGCAUAGAGGACGCUGGGGGACACACGGAGAAGCCGAACCUCUCGAAGCUGUAUCACUCAUCAACAGAAUAUUGGAGAAACACGCGCCUGUGAUUUUAGAUACUACGCAUGUCGGCAGUACGGUACAAUACUUUUUCCAUGCACAAUUUAUACUACCCGUAUUACUAUUUGUUUUUAGAAUGGACAAUAAGUGGUCAUUACACAGCAGUUGAUUAACUUCGAUUCGAGCGUUCAUUGAAAUUUAGAGUGUGAAAUUAAACAACAUGUCCAGGAGACUUAAAUCCAUGUCGUGCAUUGAAUAAUUUCUUAAAUCAUUCUCUCUCUCUCUAUAUAUAUAUUUUGUGAUAGUGGGCAACAUAUAUAUAUAUAUAUAUAUAUAUAUAUAUAUAAUGUUAGGGGGCGCUCACCGAUCGUUCAUACGGAACUCCGACAAGGCAACGGGCUCGUGGCCUGGUGAGUAGAGGCGUUGACUUCUAAACCAACAGGUCGCGAGUUCGAGGCUCGGGUGUUCCACACUUCGGGCUUGGGUAUGGCUGGCUGACGACGGCUAAUAAGCCAGAAAUGGCCAUUCCAGUCUCCCUUGUCUUUGUCGGCAAUACCCUUCUGCCUAUAUAUAUAUCAUCAUCCAUAAAAUAAGAAUAAAAAGAGGUUAUUCCAUGGACUACACAGUAUUUGUGCUGACGUCUUGGGACCUUCAUCGUUUUCAUCAUUAGAUUGAUGGGGUAGUUGUUCAUUUCUAGACCAGAGUUGCCCUUUCUCGCCGCAUGUCAGAUAAUAUAGGCAUGCCUGAUGCACGAACUCUGACCUGCCUGCUGGCGGGGGAUUGGCUUUGGCCUCUGCGUGGCCGAUCGGUGGGACGCUCGUGAGACCUAUGUGCACUUACCCGCCGUCGUCGCCACUAAUUCCGUGUCCUCGUGGGCCCUCCCCCAAUAAUCUGAUCGGCUGAUCAGCUGUCCCUCCGCGUGCGAUUCGCGUUCGCCUGUUUGGACGCAUCGAUGGGCCGAUGUCUUGCGUCGAUCGUCUGACCCACGGCUGACUCUUUCCCCCCUGCUGUGAAGGUUACAACUGUUGAGAGAGCCGUCAUUUGUUCGCCAGUGGUUCAUGCCUCUGCAGAACAGCCUCAGCAAUCGGGCCGGACAGCAGGGAGCCCAUCAGUAUUUCUUACUUUUGUUCGUAAACCCGGUUGUGUAAAGUGAAGAAAGUUCUGGGGCACACCGCCAGGAGUUCGAUGACGUGCAUUAGUUCAAGUCCUUGAUAGAUUCAUCAAACCUUCCCUAAUGAAGCUUCUAAAUUGUGCUGAUGGCAGGGCCGCUUGAAAUAGAGGGGAAUUAAGGAGACCACAAUCAGCAAACAGAAUUGCUGGUGAAACCAUUUCGACAGUCCGAAUGUCGGGGUACUGUGGAAGGAGACUAUCGGACGCGUUUUGACUUCAUUCAGCCAUCCGCAAUCCUGAGAAGCAGCUGAAACCAGAAACCCAAGCAUGUGCUCAUUCACAGUGCAGACUGACCACAAAGAGGACCAGCAUUUCAUCGAAUCGACGUUCAUCAGUGCCUCGCUACCUGUCAUUCUCUGCCGCUGCAGAUCCGGCAUUUAUUCAUUCAGGAAUGGGCCUACACCGAUUCAUUCGCUUUCUUGAGCAAACAUGCUUCAUAUGGCUAAUAUGGCUCACGAACAGACAACAGCGUAUUCUACGUAUAAACCGUAUGUACGUCUAUACAUGAAAAGUAUCAUUGGCGACACUGGGAAGGAAGACGAAACCCCCCAGUUUGGGCUUAUUUGAUGUUAUUAGUUAGCCAGCUCCGAUCCUAGUUUUUGAAAUUCCCGGACCUCCAACCCUCGAAUUGUUAUUUGGAAGUUAAUCUUCCCGGCCACCGAAUUGCGGGCUCGAUCUCUAGGAGAGUUAGGAAAAUCGGUUUGAUAAAUUUUCGAUUCCUAUUCCCCAAGGGGUACUCAGAUGUAAAUCAAGUGCGCAAAAACAGUUUCGGAUAAUACAUCUGUCAUCAAUCAUCAAGUUUUUGUGGUUGCAGAUCCAUCUGGUAUUGGUUUAGUCAGCCUCACAAUAUUCCUCGUUUCAUAAACGUAACUGACGAAAAAAACUUGACUGAACUUGGUUAAUAGGGCGCAAAACGUUUGAUCCCAAUUUGUAUAUGUAUGCCUCUUUAAAUAGUUAAGACAAAUUUGAGUGUUCAUCAUGUCCGGCUACCUUGAGAAUGGUCAUUGCUUAUGAGCUUAUGUGUAACCCUAGGACUCGGAAAUUAUUUAUUGUCUAUUACUCAUGAGGCAUUUCCUUUUGUAUUUUUACCCGAAACAAAGCUGACAUGGAUGAAGAAUGCAGAUCACUUCGUGCUGAAAAGGGAAUUCGUGGAGUUCAUGUGUAACGACCAGAGGGCUAUCGAGGUGACAGAGGCGCUGCGUCAGUUCGCAUAUAAGAAGCACCCCCCUGAGCAGUUAUACGAAACCCUCGCCUACAAUGCCCAUUUGGGAGCCCCUGGCGCCUGUCGGAAUCUCCACGAGUUCGGUGAUGAGAACGUGGACGUACUUCGCCUUCCGGAAAUAGUCCGUUACAAGCUCUGGAGGCCAACCCCAUGUCCUACGAAGUACGUCCGUGAUAUUUGCAUUCUCGGAUCUCAACAUUUGCCGGAAUUGAUCAACUCCCACAGGCUAAUUGCCAACAAGUUCCAUGAGGACUAUUUUCCCGAAGGAUAUGACUGUCUUGAGUACGCAAUUGCUGAUCGUAUCUACAAGGGCCCAGCAGCCGCCUUCGAUCCUUCCGUUUUCGCGAACCUCUACUGCUCUUCUGACCAUAUAUAA